UAUUUUAUGUUAUAGACUUACAGUGCAUGUCUCUCUCACUACCUCUAUAUCUGUGUCGUCCAUUCCCUUCAUCAUCAUAUCAUUUGCAAUGUUACAUUCCCUCUCCUAGGAGCUUCCCAGAGAGUUUCUCUUCUCCACAGCCCCAUACUACCAACUUAUAAUAAAACUACAGAUUGUAUCAAUCGCUGUUAGCUACUUUCCCAAAGCUCUAAACCCUAUAAACAAAUUUCCCAAAAAAAAAAAAAACAAAAAAGAAUUCCACAGCAAGAAGUCAUCUUUCACGCUCACCAACGUAACGUAACGAUAAUGGAUAUGGAUUCUUCCUCUUCUUCUUCUUCUGCUCACAACUGGCUUGCCUUCUCUCUUUCCAACCCCCAAACGCCUCCCAAUCCCUCUCAACUCUCCUUCUUCCACUCCUUCAACUCCAACUCCAACAGUGCGGUGGUGAGAGGCGAGGAAAAUGGAGGCGGGCCGAAGCUUGAGGAUUUCUUGGGUGGAUCUGUGGGAUCGUCGGCCGGAGGUGCUGGCGGCGCGUGCUUAAUCGCCGGAGAAUCCGCAGCCGUUUCUGAACCGGAGUCGUAUGAUUCGGAGCUCAAGAGCAUAGCGGCAAGUUUCCUCCGGGGUUUUACGGCCGACCAAAAUGAUACCCAGAAGCCGCAGCAGGCUGUGGCGGCGCCACCGCCUGAUCCGCCGGCCAAGAAGGCGCCGGAGACUUUUGGCCAACGCACAUCUAUUUACAGAGGCGUAACCAGGCAUAGGUGGACCGGCAGGUAUGAAGCGCAUCUGUGGGAUAAUAGUUGCAGGAGGGAAGGGCAGAGUCGAAAGGGAAGGCAAGUUUAUCUGGGUGGAUAUGAUAAAGAAGAUAAAGCUGCUAGGGCUUAUGAUCUUGCAGCGCUUAAGUAUUGGGGUCCAACCACCACCACAAACUUUCCGGUAUCAAACUAUAAGAAGGAAUUAGAGGAAAUGAAGCACAUGACAAGGCAGGAGUUUGUUGCCUCACUGAGAAGGAGAAGUAGUGGGUUUUCUAGAGGAGCUUCCAUUUAUAGAGGAGUUACAAGGCAUCAUCAGCAUGGUCGAUGGCAAGCAAGAAUUGGAAGAGUUGCUGGAAACAAAGAUUUAUACCUUGGAACCUUCAGUACCCAAGAAGAAGCCGCGGAGGCCUAUGAUAUAGCCGCGAUAAAAUUCAGAGGUCUAAACGCCGUGACCAAUUUCGACAUUAGCCGCUACGACGUGAAAACCAUUGGCAAUAGCAAUCUCCCGAUCGGCGGGCUGAGUAACAAGCCCAAAACCUCAUCGGAAUCCGACGCUAAAAUCUCCGACGACCGGGACCAAACCUCGGCUUCCUCGUCGGUCUCAUUCACGCCCAUACCACCACCGGCCCCCGCCUUCGCAUUGCCGAUCAAGCAAGACUCCAAUGACUUUUGGUCCAUGUUAGGGUGCCACAACAACAAUAAUACCAAAAACCCUUGUCCUAGUGCGGGUGUUAAUUUCCCGGGCCCCCCAAGCAGUACAAGUAUACAAGCACAGAGUACAUAUAUCCAAGCGCAGAGUACACCCCUUUUCGGCAUGGAAAUCCCCUUGACUUCCCACAUCAACCAAGCCAACCACAACUUCCCUGGCAUGAAUUUUCACCACCACAGCAACACCGCCGGCGGCCUAUCCUCGGCUCCGACCCCGGAAACUCGAGGCGGUUGGGGGAAUAUUCCGUCGUCUCUUAGCGCAUUCCAGGCGGCGAAGAGCGAUCUAUCGGCGUUUCAUCAGACCCCAAUUUUCAGCAUGGAAUGAUAGUUUUGGUUUUGGUUUUGGGUUGGGAUAUCACGUGGAAUGGGGGGAAUGAAGGUUUAAUAAUUAGGGUUUAAGUGGAUUGGUCAAAAAGAGGGGUUUAUGCAUGGCGAGAAAAGGGACUCAUCGCAAUCAUUUCACGGCAACAAGAAGAUCGAGAUCGAGAUGGCAGCUGCGUUUGCUACACAAAUUCACUACUAACUUCAGUCGUUUGUUGCACUUUUUACUGUGUUUUCUUUUUGGGUUUUUGCUUUCUGCUUUGCUUUACUGACAUGAUUAUGAAGGGUAGGGUAUAUUCCGAACGAAAGAAAGCCACUUUGUAAAUUUCCCCACCUUUUUAUUUCUGUUUCAAACAUAUAUAAUGGAGCCCUUUUCAGCAUGUUUGCUUCCAA